UCGGCGCUCGCAGGGGGAGCUGCUGCAGGCUCCGCGGCGGCGGCAACGGAGGCUGCGGGGGCGACGGCGCGAGCGGCCGGGCUUCGGGGGGGAGCCGAGCCCGGCCCGGGAGCCCGAGCAGUGCAAGUGCGAGGCACCUAGGCCCCUCACGCUGGACUCCUCAGUCUCCCGGCCGCCUGUCCUCCACACGGGUAUAUGGGAUGGAAGCGGGACCCUCGGGAGCAGCUGCAGGUGCCUACCUGCCUCCCCUGCAGCAGGUGUUCCAGGCACCUCGCCGGCCUGGCAUUGGCACUGUGGGCAAACCAAUCAAGCUUCUGGCCAAUUACUUUGAGGUGGACAUUCCUAAGAUUGACGUUUACCAUUAUGAGGUGGACAUCAAGCCGGAUAAGUGUCCUCGCAGAGUCAACCGGGAGGUGGUGGAAUACAUGGUCCAGCAUUUCAAGCCUCAGAUCUUUGGGGACCGCAAGCCUGUGUAUGAUGGAAAAAAGAACAUUUACACCGUCACAGCUCUGCCCAUUGGCAAUGAGAGGGUUGACUUUGAGGUGACAAUCCCUGGGGAAGGGAAAGAUAGAAUUUUUAAGGUCUCCAUCAAGUGGCUAGCCAUUGUGAGCUGGCGUAUGCUGCAUGAAGCCCUGGUCAGUGGCCAGAUCCCUGUGCCCUUGGAGUCUGUGCAAGCCCUGGAUGUGGCCAUGAGGCACCUGGCGUCUAUGAGGUACACCCCUGUGGGCCGCUCCUUCUUCUCACCGCCUGAGGGCUACUACCACCCGCUGGGGGGUGGGCGCGAGGUCUGGUUCGGCUUUCACCAGUCUGUGCGCCCUGCCAUGUGGAAGAUGAUGCUCAACAUUGAUGUCUCUGCCACUGCCUUCUACAAAGCACAGCCAGUGAUUGAGUUCAUGUGUGAGGUCCUAGACAUCAGGAACAUAGAUGAACAGCCCAAGCCCCUCACGGAUUCCCAGCGUGUUCGCUUCACCAAGGAGAUAAAAGGCCUGAAGGUGGAAGUGACCCACUGUGGACAGAUGAAGAGGAAAUACCGCGUGUGUAAUGUUACCCGCCGCCCUGCUAGUCAUCAGACGUUUCCCUUGCAGCUGGAGAGUGGACAGACUGUGGAGUGCACCGUGGCACAGUAUUUCAAGCAGAAAUAUAACCUUCAGCUGAAGUAUCCCCACCUGCCCUGCCUACAAGUCGGGCAAGAACAGAAGCAUACCUAUUUGCCCCUGGAGGUCUGUAACAUUGUUGCCGGGCAGCGGUGCAUUAAGAAGUUGACUGACAACCAGACCUCAACCAUGAUAAAGGCCACAGCUAGGUCGGCCCCAGACAGACAGGAGGAGAUCAGUCGCCUGAUGAAGAAUGCCAGCUACAACUUAGAUCCCUACAUCCAGGAAUUUGGAAUCAAAGUGAAGGAUGACAUGACGGAGGUGACGGGCCGAGUGCUGCCGGCGCCCAUCUUGCAAUAUGGCGGCCGGAACCGGGCCAUUGCCACACCCAACCAAGGUGUCUGGGACAUGCGUGGGAAACAGUUCUACAAUGGGAUUGAGAUCAAAGUCUGGGCCAUCGCCUGCUUCGCACCCCAAAAACAGUGUCGAGAAGAGGUGCUCAAGAACUUCACAGACCAGCUGCGGAAGAUUUCCAAGGAUGCAGGGAUGCCCAUCCAGGGUCAGCCUUGUUUCUGCAAGUAUGCACAAGGUGCAGACAGCGUGGAGCCCAUGUUCCGACAUCUCAAGAACACCUACUCGGGACUGCAGCUCAUCAUCGUCAUCCUGCCGGGGAAGACGCCAGUGUAUGCUGAAGUGAAACGUGUUGGAGAUACACUCUUGGGAAUGGCAACACAGUGUGUGCAGGUGAAGAAUGUGGUUAAGACCUCACCUCAGACUCUGUCCAACCUCUGCCUCAAGAUCAAUGUCAAACUCGGUGGCAUUAACAACAUCCUCGUCCCACACCAGCGCUCUGCUGUUUUUCAACAGCCAGUGAUUUUCCUGGGAGCAGAUGUUACACACCCCCCAGCUGGGGACGGGAAGAAGCCGUCUAUCACAGCGGUGGUCGGCAGCAUGGACGCACACCCCAGCCGCUACUGUGCUACCGUGCGUGUGCAGCGCCCCCGGCAGGAGAUCAUUGAAGACUUGUCAUAUAUGGUGCGUGAGCUGCUCAUCCAGUUCUACAAGUCCACUCGCUUCAAGCCCACCCGAAUCAUCUUCUACCGAGAUGGGGUCCCUGAGGGCCAGCUCCCCCAGAUCCUUCACUAUGAGCUGCUUGCCAUUCGAGAUGCCUGCAUCAAACUGGAAAAAGACUACCAGCCUGGGAUCACUUACAUUGUGGUGCAGAAACGCCAUCACACCCGCCUUUUCUGUGCUGACAAGAAUGAGCGAAUUGGGAAGAGUGGAAACAUCCCUGCUGGGACCACUGUGGACACCAACAUCACCCACCCGUUCGAGUUUGACUUCUAUCUGUGCAGCCAUGCAGGCAUCCAGGGUACCAGCCGACCGUCCCAUUAUUAUGUCCUGUGGGAUGACAACCGGUUCACAGCAGAUGAACUCCAGAUCUUGACAUACCAGCUGUGCCACACUUACGUACGAUGCACACGCUCUGUCUCCAUCCCAGCACCUGCCUACUAUGCCCGCUUGGUGGCUUUCCGGGCACGAUACCACCUGGUAGACAAGGAGCAUGACAGUGGAGAGGGGAGCCACAUAUCGGGGCAGAGCAAUGGGCGAGACCCCCAGGCCCUGGCCAAAGCUGUGCAGGUUCACCAGGAUACUCUACGCACCAUGUACUUCGCUUGAAGGCAGAACGCUGUUACCUCACUGGAUAGAAGAAAGCUUUCCAAGCCCUGGGAGCUGUACCACCCAAAUCCAGAGGAAGCAAGGAAGAGGGAGGUGGGGUCGGGAGGCGUAUAGGAGACCUUGUUUCUAUCUACAGAGGGGAUCUAAGGGUGGGAAGAGGACCAGCAGGACAGACUACCAGCCAGGAAUCUGAUAGCAACCUCAUGUCCUCCCCGCCUCCCCAUCGUGUCACAUCUGACCCCACUGGACCAAAAGGGCAGCAUUAGUGCCCACCAUACACACAGUUGUCUCGUGUGGCUCACAGUGCUAAAGACUCAUGCUUGACAGCCUGCUAGGGUCGGCUCUGCAGUCCUGUGGUCAAAUGCUGGUAUGUUUGGGUUUGAUAAUUCUAGAUGAGAAAGUGAGGGGCUUGAGAAAACGGGUGGGAGGAGGGAAGGAAUUUUUAGGAGCCUUAAUCAGAAAAGGUCUAGAUUUGUUUAAGAAGAAAAAUGAAAACAGACUCAGAUCAAUAUUUUAGGAUACUAGAUGUUUUCAUGGGUUCAGAAUCCAGUUUGUAGGGAGAUUUUUAAUGCUAAUGGUUUGGGUUGCUCCUCCCCAGCUGCCACCCCCCCACCCCCCAAUUAUUCCUCUCCAUAUUUUCUACCCCAUAUGCCUCUUCCCUGACAGACAUCCAGCCCCUAGUAACACUUAAGGCACUAUGGCACUUAGCUCUGAAGUGACACGACCCUGUCUUCCUUCCGCCGGCUGGUGGGUAACAGUGCCUUCCCUGUAACGGUAAUGCUGCAGAACUGCAACCUUUUGUACCUUUCUUUGUGGGACGGGGUGGGGGGAGAGGAGGUCGGGAGGGAGGGAAGAAAUAUCCCAACGCCAGCAAGCCUCCAGCUAGAAUGCCAGCUAUCUUUCAUUUGAAGGAAUUGACUUCCAUAUUCAUUGAGCUUUUAAGAAAAGGUCACAACCUCAGAUGGUUAAAAUCCAUUGACAUUUGCACUUUCAGACAUGACAAGUCUCCGAGCUGCUGAGAUGACUGGCCCUUGGCCUUCCCCUUUAGCUCCUCCCCCUUUUCCUUGGCCCCACCCCCACCCUGCCAGGUCUAGAGUUACUGUGGUAGCGUUCCUCAUGCUUGGCUUCUUUCCCCCAAUGAUCAAGUCUCUUUUGUUUCAAUAUUUCUUAACUGGGGUGUCUCAUAACACAAGAUCUUUAGGACUAAAAUAAGAAAACAAAACUAAAUGUUAUUUUUAUACCAUAACUUGAGUCUAUUGCCAAAAUCUGGAAAUCCCUCUCAUACUGGAUGAGUUUGCAUCCCAGAAGCAUGGAGCCAUCAGAAGGAACUGUGGCCCUGACUUGUAUUCUGGCCUGGCUAAGUAGGGGGUGGUUGUCUCCCUAGGCGGGGCUCAGCCUCUGCCCUCCCUCUCUGCAGACAGUACCUCCACUGCCCCACCCUUUACUCUUUCCUGUAAGUGAAUCUUCCCUGUCUCUGGACUGGACUGUCCUUUGAUCCUUUGACUAACAGAGGUUCUAGCAUGUCCUCUGGACAGGCUGGAGAAUUUUGCUGCUCCCUAUUGCUUCUGUUUACACAAAUGAAUUUUUCCUAUUUCCCACUAGGGCAUGUGAGUGGGUGGCAUAGGCUUUUCUUUUUCUCCUCCUCUCUCGAGAUACUGGGGUUCAGCUGUCUUGCAGGACUGGAAAAGAAGUGGGUUCUAGCUUUGUCCUUGCUGACCGUGAAGCAAGGCACCCUCUUUCCUUGACUGUUCUUCUUUCCUUCCUGCACUACUGCUUGGGAUGGGGAAUUUGAACUUUGGUGUACAGAGUCCCCUUCUAAGGAGCCUGAGCUUAGGUUUGCCGUACUCUGGGGAUGAAGCCAUGAUAGUUUAGAUCUAGCCCAGGCUUAGAGGCCAGCUGGAGAAAGGAAGGUCUGAAUCCUGGCCUGUGGAGUCAAAACCUCUCUCCAGUAGUCCUUGUACAGACCCAGAUUUGCUAUGCAAACAGUCCAGGUUCAGUUGUGGCUGGCUACAUGGCUUAGUAACUACCCAAAAGGUAGCACAAACAUUCCUUGUGGAAAAAGCCCAGGACUGUUUAGUAGUUCCUCCUGUACUUUGUUUUCUGCUGGCACAGUAUGGAGUGCCCCAUGGGCACAAUCCCAGCCGAAGAACAGAACAGAGGGCUCUGGGAAGAGGCAGCUCACUGGAGAGCCUACAUUCCUUACACAAGUGCCUAAAGAGAGUGAUGCCAACACUCCAUCUGCCCUGUCCAUCGCCUUCACAUACAGUCUACUUCUUGUUCCGUCACCCUUAGGGGAGGGAGCUCUCCACAGACGUGUGCUGUCAACUGGGGUACAUUUGGGGGCGUGGAUAAGGGCACUAUUCCUGGAGGGUCCAAUCAUUCACCAGCAUUUGCAGAUGCCCAUAGGGAACAGGUGACUGUCACAACUCCAGCCACAAGUUUUUGUUCUCUCCUUUUUUCUUUGCCUCACUCUCUCCAUGUGGGUUUCAAGCUAGGGAUUGGAAAGCAGUUUCAGUCCUCUGGUAUUUAUGUGCCAUUCAAGAAAUCAAAGCAAGAGGAUGCUGGGCAUGAUGGCCCAUGUCUGUAAUUCUAUAAUCUCAGCAAUAAGGCUGAAGCAGAAGAUUCGCAAGUUCAGGGUCAGCCUGGGCUGCUCAGUGAAUUCCAGGCCAGGGUGCACUACAUAGCAAAACCAUGUCUCAGAAAAAAAUAAAAAGGAAAAUCGAGAAAAGUAACGUGGGUAAUACAACUUCUUGCUGUGAUUAAAAAGCAAAACAAAACAAAUCCUUCAGAUUCAACUGCUCCGGACCAUGUGGGUUCUCCUCAUUCAGAGGCGGUGUGCACACAUUAAAAGUGGUGUGGCCGCACGGCUCAGCUCGUUUGGGUUUGGUUUGAGUGGUGCGUGGUGCCAAGCUCCACGGAGGCACUGGGAGGAGUCAGUCCACCUUCACCUUCGAUCUCUCUCUCCUUUCCCUCACCCCUCUGUUGGCUUC